AUGAGCCAAUCCGACGCCUACACCCUUCCGGGCCAGCGCCGAUCUUCACUCGCAUCGACUGAUCGCAGAUCGCGGAAACCGUGGCAGAAGCGCGUCCCCUUGACCUCCUGGAAGAUGCGCCAGAGCGAUGACCGCCUGAGCCGUCACACGACGCGCGCCUCGGGACGCACCACUUCAACCCACAGGCAUGACAAGUGGUGGCAGAUCCGGUGGUUCAGGGGCAUGGUCCAUGACAUUCGCAGAAGAGCCCCCUACUAUGUUUCCGACUGGACAGACGCCUGGGACUACAGAGUCGUCCCUGCUACCAUCUACAUGUAUUUUGCAAAUAUUCUUCCCGCUCUGGCCUUUUCGCUGGACAUGUUUGCAAAGACGGAUUCCAGCUUUGGCGUGAAUGAGGUCUUGCUAGCUUCCGUUCUCGCUUCCGUUGUUUUCUCCGUCUUCUCGGCUCAGCCCUUGGUCAUCGUCGGCGUCACUGGUCCCAUCACUGUGUUCAAUUAUACGGUCUACGAUAUCAUAGCCCCUCAUGGCAUUAACUACUUCUCAUUCAUGUGCUGGAUUGGCCUAUGGUCGCUUGUUAUGCACUGGUUUCUUGCCAUCACGAACGCCUGCAACUGGUUGAAAUAUGUCACUCGCUUCUCCUGUGACAUCUUCGGCUUCUACGUCGCUUUCAUCUACUUACAGAAAGGAAUCCAAGUCCUGACUCGCCAAUGGGAAGCCGGUGACACAUCGGCGUACCUCUCCAUCAUGAUUGCUCUACUCGUCCUCAUGGUGGCGUACAUUGGAGGCGUCGUCGGCAACAGCACCCUCUUCCACAGAUAUGUACGCAAGUUCAUCGAGGACUACGCCACGCCCCUGACCGUCAUCUUCUUCACCGGCUUCGUACAUAUUGGCAAAAUGCAAGGCGUAGAACUCCUCAAGCUCCCCACAAGCAAAGCCUUCUACCCCACCACCGACAGAGGAUGGUUCAUCCACUUCUGGGACAUCAAAGUGGGCGAAGUUUUCCUAGCCAUCCCCUUCGCCAUCCUCCUAACCAUCCUCUUCUACUUCGACCACAACGUCUCCUCCCUCAUCGCCCAAGGCACCGAAUUCCCCCUCCGCAAACCCGCCGGCUUCCACUGGGACCUUUUUCUCCUCGGCCUGACCACCGGCAUCUCGGGGCUCCUCGGCAUCCCCUUCCCGAACGGCCUCAUCCCACAAGCCCCCUUCCACACCAACGCACUCUGCGUCACCCGCACCGUCUCCGACGACGACGAGGCCCACAACAAGGGCCACACGCGCCGCGUCGUCGACCACGUCGUCGAGCAGCGCGUCUCGAAUCUCGCCCAGGGCCUGCUGACGCUCGGCACCAUGACCGGGCCCUUGCUCGUCGUCCUGCACCUGAUCCCGCAGGCCGUCCUCGCGGGGCUGUUCUUCGUCAUGGGCGUCCAGGCGCUCGAGGGGAACGGCAUCACGGCGAAGUUGGCGUUUUUGGCGCGCGACCGCGCGUUCACGAGUAGCGCGGCGGAGCUGCCGCUUAAGCGCGUCAGGCCCGCCGCCGUGUGGGCGUUUGUCGGGCUCGAGUUGCUGGGGUUUGGCGCGACGUUUGCGAUUACGCAGACGAUCGCCGCCGUCGGGUUUCCGGUGUUUAUCCUCGCGUUGAUUCCGGUACGUACGUGGGUCCUGCCCCGCUACUUUGGGCCCCAGGAGCUGGCGGUGCUGGAUGCGCCGACGGCGAGCCCGUUUACGAUGGAGAGCGUGGGCGGGAUUCAUGGCGAGGAUUCGGAGAGUAGUAGUAGCGGCGGUAGUAGUAGUGCCGAGGAGGAGGGGAGAGCGGGGGGUGUGCCGGCCCUGGCGGUGGUGGAGGAUAGGGGCGAGGGGAGUGCGAGUCAGAUUGAGGAGAGUGAUGAGGCGGAGAGGGGCGAGGCGGCGGGGUAUUUGAAGGCGGGGGAUGCGCAGCACCAGCAUCACCAUCAGCAGGGGGGUGGGAGUGUGAGGAGGGCGAGCUUUAGGCAUGAUGAGGAUGGGAAGGAUGGGAUUGAGUUGGCGGAUGUGAAUAAGAGUCGAUGA